UAUAUCUAUGUAAUGACAAAUGUCAAUAUAGCGUGUGGUGAAAACACAACGUUGAAGUGAGGUUAUAAAUAACACUAAUUAUAUUUUUCUAAACAUGUCCUUCCGCGGAAGAGGAGGCGGCGGCGGUCGUGGUGGAUUUGGUGGCCGAGGCGGAGGAGGAGGCGGUGGCCGCGGAUUUGGCGGAGGACGAGGACGCGGCGGCGGCGGCGGCGGCGGCUUCAGGUCAUACCAAGACCAAGGCCCUCCAGAAUCAGUUAUUCCACUCGGUCACUACGGAUGGACUGUUCAAGAUGACCUCGUGUGUAAAGUAGACAUAGAAGACGUACCAUACUUUAAUGCACCCAUCUUUCUUGAAAACAAGGAACAGAUUGGUAAAAUAGAUGAGAUAUUCGGUAACUUGCGUGAUUACUAUGUGUCCGUGAAGCUCGGAGAGAACAUUAAGGCAAAGAGUUUUAAGGAGGGACAACAAUUUUUCAUUGAUCCAGCAAAAUUAUUGCCACUGAAGAGAUUCCUACCUCAACCUCCUGGAGCUAAGAGGGGUGGUGGCCGCGGUGGUGGUGGUCGUGGAGGUAGAGGUGGUGGUGGCAGAGGCGGAGGUGGUGGCUUCGGACGAGGCGGUGGCGGAGGUUUCGGCCGGGGAGGAGGUGGAGGAAGGGGAGGAGGCUUUGGAAGAGGAGGAGGAGGUGGAGGAGGUUUUGGUAGAAGCGGUGGUGGCGGUGGUCGAGGAGGCAGAGGUGGUGGCUUCAAAGGAGGCCGUGGUGGAAGAUAACAAGUGGCCUUUGUGAUCAGACUUUUAAAACAAAUUGUAUGUGACAUUUGUCACACUUUAGCUAUUAAGUUUAACAUUGAACAUGUACAGCCCCAGGAAAGAUUAUUUUUAAUAUAAAUAUAAAAGUGACAGCAACUUUAAUAAUUUGUGAAUAAAUUUUACAAUCUGUACGCAUUUGCUUAUUGAUGUUGUGUGAGUUACAAUAAGUAAUAAUUUUUUUUUACCAUAUUCCUUAGGAGAGGGGUCAGAAUAUGACUGUUGUACCCACAAUUGUUUUUCACUUGUAUUAGUUAAGAAUAAAAAAUUUAAAAAUAAAA